CGGUGCGCGGUUGCUGCUCUGUUUCAGGGCCCCGCCGCUCCCCGAAAAGUUGUGCGGUGCCGCCCGGGCAGCCCGCCCGGUGCUCGGGUGCCUCGGCGCGUCCCGGGCGGCUUCGGGUCGUUCCGUCCGUCGGCGGCGCGCUCGGCAUCUGCGUGCCGGCUGUGGUACCCAGCGCGGCCCUUCCGCCGCCUUUGGUUUUCUUUUUCCUGCCCUGUUUUCCCGACCGCUUCUGUGCGACGCUGUUGCCCUCUGGUGUCCGUGGGCGGCCGGCCGGGCGGCAAACUCGGUCGUCGCCGGGAAGAAACCGUUAAUGACUUCAGGUGGUGACAGCUGCUGGAAUUCCCUAAGUCCCGUGAGGACAUUACAGCCGAUCCGACCGUUAGUGCACAGCAACACGAGGCCUUUGGUAAAUGGCAGAAAAGUCUUCUGCGCUUUCAUUCGCUACUUUUCGCUAGACUAUACCUUCUGUAAAGCUUUGUGGAAGAUAAAUGUGUGUGCUGCAAUGGUGACAUAAAUAUUUAAGAGGACUGGAACAAGUUGUUGAGAAUCUGCGUGUGUUUUUAAUGCUGCUGUUGAGAGCAAUCUAAGACAAGUAAACAACAUGAGUUUUAUCAUGAAACUUCACAGACAUUUUCAAAGAACAGUUAUUUUGCUGGCUACUUUUUGUACGGUGAGCAUUGUUAUUUCUGCAUACUACUUGUACAAUGGCUACAAACAAGAAAAUGAACUUUCUGAAAUCUCUUCAGAAGUGGAAUGUGGUGAUCUUCCACUGUUUCCAUACAAGCUGAUGGAGAUGAAGACCAUGAAGCCUAUUGAUCCACUGAGGACAGAUCUUGUAGUGCUGGUAUUUGUGGAAAGUCAAUAUUCAACAUUAGGCCAAGAUAUAAUAACCGUUUUAGAAUCUAGCAGAUUUCAGUAUCACAUUGAAAUUGCAUCUGGAAAAGGUGACCUCCCAGUGCUUAUGGACAAAAAUAAGGGCAAAUAUGCUCUCAUAGUGUACGAAAAUAUUCUAAAGUAUGUGAAUAUGGACUCUUGGAACAGAGGUCUUCUAGAUAAGUAUUGCAUAGAAUAUGGUGUAGGGGUUAUUGGAUUUCACAAAGGCAAUGAGAACAGCUUGCAGAGCUUUCAGUUGAAGGGCUUUCCUCUUCACGUCCACAGCAAUCUGGGUAUUAAGGACUGUUGCAUUAACCCUUAUUCCCCACUGCUCCAUGUGACUAAAUCUUCUAAACUUGAGAAAGGUCCUUUGCUUGGAAAUGACUGGGCAGUUUUCCAGAUUAAUCAUACAGCUUACCAGCCAGUGAUAUUUGCAAAAGUAAAGACACCAGAAAACCUUUUGCCACCUGCUGCUAAAAGUGCUCUCCAUGCCACAGUAAUUCAUGACCUGGGUCUCCACGAUGGGAUACAACGAGUCCUUUUCGGCAAUAAUUUGAAUUUUUGGCUGCACAAGCUGAUUUUCAUAGAUGCCAUCUCUUUUCUGUCCGGAAAGAAGCUCAAACUGUCCUUGGAUAGGUAUGUUCUGGUUGAUAUAGAUGACAUCUUCGUUGGGAAGGAAGGAACAAGAAUGAAUGCCAAUGAUGUACAGGCUUUGCUUGACACUCAGAAUCUUUUGAGAACUCAGAUUACAAAUUUUACUUUCAAUCUGGGAUUUUCAGGGAAAUUUUAUCACACAGGCACUGAGGAGGAAGAUGAAGGUGAUGACCUGCUGUUGAGGUCUGUGGAUGAGUUUUGGUGGUUUCCCCAUAUGUGGAGUCACAUGCAGCCUCAUCUCUUCCACAAUGAAUCAUCACUGGUGGAGCAGAUGAUCCUCAACAAAAAAUUUGCCCUAGAACAUGGUAUUCCAACUGAUAUGGGCUAUGCAGUGGCUCCUCACCAUUCUGGAGUAUAUCCAGUGCAUGUUCAACUUUAUGAUGCCUGGAAAAAGGUCUGGAAUAUCAGAGUUACUAGCACAGAAGAAUACCCACAUCUGAAGCCUGCGAGGUAUAGACGAGGUUUCAUCCACAAAAAUAUAAUGGUGCUUCCUAGGCAAACUUGUGGCUUAUUCACCCACACUAUUUUCUAUAAAGAGUAUCCUGGAGGCCCAAAGGAACUAGACAAAAGUAUCCAAGGUGGGGAGUUGUUCUUCACGGUGGUUCUCAAUCCAAUUAGCAUCUUCAUGACACACUUGUCUAACUAUGGAAAUGACCGCUUGGGGCUGUAUACAUUUGUGAAUCUGGCCAACUUUGUUCAUACCUGGACAAACCUGAAACUGCAAACUCUUCCUCCAGUUCAGCUGGCUCGCAAGUACUUCGAGCUAUUCCCUGAGCAAAAGGACCCACUCUGGCAGAAUCCCUGUGAUGACAAACGGCACAGAGAUAUCUGGUCUAAAGAGAAAACCUGUGAUCGAUUACCAAAAUUCUUGGUUGUAGGACCUCAGAAAACUGGUACCACCGCCUUGUAUUUGUUCCUGAUUAUGCAUCCUUCAAUCAUUAGUAACUCCCCCAGCCCAAAAACCUUUGAGGAGGUACAGUUCUUUAAUAGAAAUAACUACCACAGGGGGAUUGAUUGGUACAUGGAUUUCUUCCCUACUCCUUCCAAUGUCACCACUGACUUCCUCUUUGAGAAAAGUGCCAACUAUUUUCAUUCUGAGGAAGCUCCUAAGCGAGCUGCUUCCCUCAUUCCCAAGGCCAAGAUCAUCACCAUUCUCAUAGACCCAUCUGAUCGGGCGUAUUCCUGGUAUCAGCAUCAGCGCUCACAUGAAGAUCCUGCAGCCCUGAAAUUCAGUUUCUAUCAAGUGAUCACAGCUGGACCUCGAGCCCCUUCUGAACUUAGAGCUCUCCAAAGGAGAUGCCUAGCACCUGGAUGGUAUGCUACACAUAUUGAGAGAUGGCUAACUUACUUCCCACCUUAUCAGUUGUUAAUUAUUGAUGGACAGCAGCUAAGAACUGACCCCUCUACUGUAAUGGAUGAAGUACAGAAAUUUUUGGGAGUCUCUCCUCAUUAUAAUUACUCAGAAGCCCUAACGUUUGAUUCACAUAAAGGUUUCUGGUGUCAGCUUCUGGAAGAAGGAAAGACCAAAUGCCUUGGAAAGAGCAAAGGUAGAAAAUACCCUCCUAUGGAUUUGGAGUGCAGGGCUUUUCUGUCAAACUACUACAGAGAUCAUAACGUGGAACUGUCAAAACUCCUACACAAAUUGGGACAACCUCUGCCGUCGUGGCUGAGACAGGAACUACAGAAAGUAAGAUAGCACUGAAAAAAGACAUUUUUGAAAUCUCUUCCACACUUCUGUCAUCCUUCCCAAAGUCUCCAGUAGCUACCAGACAGUCUUGUAAAAUAUACCUCCUCAAAAAAUAGUAAAAGACAGAAAUUAUUUCCAUAUGCUGGCAUGUGGAUUGUGAAAAUACACGUGAUUCUUAGUACUGGUGGGACAGAUCUUUCUCAUAAACAUUUCUGGGCCUGUGGAGUUGUGGACUACUGCGUAUGUAUGUGGAAGUUAACUGCAGCUGGUAUAUGCUUCAGAGCUACAUACCUGUCCAAUUUCAAGGUAAAUACUUACAUUUUUAUAUAUCAGUUUUAAAGUAUUGUGUCUCACAUAGGUUUUGUAGUCCACUGUUAAGACUGCUGUUUUUCCUAGUAUUUGAUUAUCGUGUCUUGCAUAAAAUAAGAAAAUUUAAUGUAGCAUAAAAUGCCAAGUGUACUUCUGCCAUUGGAAUUAGCUUGCUAAUACCUGAAGUAUAUUCUACUAAGUGUGAGAAGUACAGUUAUCAUACACUACUUACAAAAUCUGGAAUCCACAGGCAAAAGCAGUGUAGAAAAGAAAAAGAAAAUUACCUAUAGCCUGUAAAAACAAACCCUUACAAUGCAGUAAGGGCCUCAUAAUCAGUCUGAUGUUGCACUGACUGAAAUUGCAAAAUACAGAAUGUAUACUGCAUCUGAACAGAAAUGUAAUUGGAUACAUAAAGCACUAAUGUUGCAAUAACAGCCUGGUGAGCAGUGUUAUACUUCAACAAUUGUGAACCAGACUGAAACAGUACAAUCAACAGUCUUUCACUGGCUUCUGCGAGCAGCCAAAUUUUGAUACUGCUCUCUGGUCUUACGUUGCUGUGAAUCAGAAAUUACUCCACUGAAAUGAAUGAAAAAUUGAUAAAGAGCAGAAACAGAUUCAUACUUAGACUGCCUUAAUUUGCACUACUGGUUUUCCUUAAUUUAUUUGCCUUCAAUCUGUGCUGUGCAUUUUCCAAGGUCCCUCAACUUGAUCAAAACUGUAGCAUCUUGUGGUGACCUUCAACCUAUAUCAGCUGCAAAAAUCUGAUUUCUGGAUGAAAAUAAUGAUUCUAGCUCCACCCAUCUUAAAGAAGCUUGGUAUUAAAGUUUAGAAAUAAGCUUUAGGAAAGAGAAAUUAAGACAAUUUAUGGUAGAAAGUUAGUCUCCAGCCAUGAAAAAACACACAUAUCCAGCCUUACAUUUGUGAUACAUUUCAGUGACACACCUCAUAAUAUGUCAGUUUAAAUGUGAGAUAAAGUCUAAUCAACCAUACUUAAAAGUUGAAAAAGAUCAUUGAAAAUUUCAGCUGAGUACGGCCUUAAGGUUUCUCCACUGAACUUUGGCUCUGAAUGUUUCUAAAGGCAUAAAGAGGAAGAGAAUACAAAAGAUUAUUGCAGUACCAAAUGAAAUGCUUUUCACAGUAGCUCUGUAUUAUUAUCAUAAUUUGUUUUAGGAUGAACAGUUAAAAUAUGCAUCAAAUGAUGGAAAAACUUUGUAUGUCUCAGUGCUGUUUUACAACCUUUAUGUAAUUAUAUAAUUUAACUUUCAAGAUAAUGGAAUGGAAACAGUCUGUUAUUCCCUAAAUGGAAAACAGAUGUUGAGAUCUUUACUGUAACUCUAGCCAGUAAUCUUGAAUAUUUAUUGAUUUUGUCUGUGUAGUACCUGUUUUGAUAGGCUUGUAAAGAAAAAAUCCAGACAAAUUUGCUAUAUAUAACAAUAUUCUUUACACAGCACAUUUUUGCUAAGGGAAUAUGCAUGAUUAAUGAUGAUGACCUGUCAGAAUAGACUUCUAAGAAGAACAUCUUUAUUAUUUAUAAAAGAAUAAAAAUUUUCAUUUCAUUUUAGAUACUCACUGUUAUAUAGGUUUGAGCCAGAAUCUGAAUUGUUUUGAAAUACUCUUAUUUGAUAAAAGAAAUGCCUUGAAUUCUGAAUAUCUGUAAGUGCAAAUCCUCUGCAUGCUAUGGGCAGCUUGUGUCCUACAAGCAUCUAUAUGGAUUUGUUACAAGUAAUUUGAAUAACUGGAAGAAAUACCUGUGGUUUUCAUCCAGACAUGAUUGAUUUUAUCCCUAAUAUAACCUGAUGUAACAUCACUCAGACAUUUAAAGUAGAAUAAAAUUGUAAAUCAGAAGAAAAUGGGAAAAAGCACUACAAAAUGCCUGAGAUUUUCACAAAUUAAAUGCUUCCUACACACUGGAAGAAUGGGCUUCAGCCACGUUUGUACUUUAGUCUUUGUUACCAGAAACUCUGUUCCUGUUCUCUUUCCCUGUGAAAUCUAGGCCACAUCAAAAGGAGAAUAAGUGAGCACUGAGGAUAGAGCAGUGACUGAGGAGUGCACGUUGAUCAUCCUCUAGGUAUUUUGCAACAGACAAGGUGACAUGUCUGAGAUCUGUGGCCUUUUCUGUGAUGUUUGUUAGGAAUUUGGUGAAAUAGCCAAUGGCAGUCACCACAUGGCUCUGGGAUGAUAAGCCCCCCACAAGCAGCUCCUUGGCUCUGGCUGGACCAGGAUUAGUUUGACAGCUAAACAUAAAGCUUGUCCUUUGUGAAGAAGUGCUGUAAUCAGUUUCAAGUCCUGAUGAGGAAUAGUAGGAUGCAUCCCUUCUACUGUCUCAGUGGCCUUCCCGAAGUUGGAAUAAAGGCAAAUCUUCAGUGAAUUCCUGUGGUAGCUGUGGGUCAGUCCUGUGAACAAAGUAAUGUGACCUUUUGGCCCUGGAGCUACACAUCUGAAAGGGUAUUAUCUUGAAUCUUAAUUCACAGAUCCUAUUGAGAUGCAUCUGUUGAGUGCUAGCAUCUUUAGAUGCAGAGCUCUAGCUGCUUGUAAGCUAGGUUUGCUAAGUCCUCUCAGACUCAAUAGCAGUAGAGAAGUAAAGCCUAACCACUAGGGGUCUUUGCAGUUCUGAUUUUGUGAUGUUCGGUUAUUACUGGUUUAUAUAAAGAGAGUAUGAAGACUUUUUUUGUUCUUUUCCUCCAGAACUGUUUUAUUUAAAUAUGUUCUUACAUUUAACAGGAAGCUUUUAAAAACAGAAUUACUAUUAAUAUGCAGUCAACUUGGUGAAGAAUUAAGAGUCUGAGCAGAACAUGCAGGCAACAGCUGCAAUGUGUUAUUCCCCAAAUAAGGGGAUGCACAUGAGUACAGCUGAGUAAGCAAGUCAUACAACAUGAAUUACUUGAGAAUUUUAACCUAUUUACAAAUUCCCUACAAUCAAUAUUUAGUUCUCAGAAGUAGACUUAUCAAUAUUAACACUUCUAAAAAACACCACUCCAUCACAAAAAAAAAAAAGUAUAUUUGCUAGUCGCAGUCCAGUGUUUUACUGUGGAUGGUAAUACAGCCGUGGUUUCUGUUCUCCUGGUAGAAAAAUGCACAAGCAAUUGCUUUAACAAAUGCCUGAUGAUGUGAGCUUCACAUUUAUUUUCAUAAAUACAAUUCUGAAAUUUGAUUUCCUCAAAUAUCUGUGCCAUUAAAAAUCAGUGUGAGUAUGAGUAGAAAUGAGUAUGACCACUAGGGGGUGUAAACACAGAGCCUGAUAAGAGAUCACAUUAUUAUUUGAGCAAACAUUCCUGAAAUACUGUGAUAUCUUCCCAGUUCUACUUGUGCAGAAAUAAUUCAUUUCAGUGAUUUGCAGACUCUCAUGUACAGCAUAUUUUUCGUUGCUUAAAGAAGUGGAACUUCCUCAGGAAGAAAGUAAAUAGAUAUUUCAAUGUUUAUAGAUGUAAUACUCUUGUCAUUCACAUUGAAUGAAAAUUGCUGGAAACAUUUUUCUCAAAAUUUUUUUAAAUAAAAAAUAGACAUUAUACUGAUAGUGGCAUGGUAUCUGAUGUGCAACAAUAAACUCUGCUAAAAAAAUGUA